AUGGAAAGAAUGUCCAAGGACUAUGACAUUGUACAAAUUCCAAGAGAUGUUGGAUAUUCUGAUUUGCCACGGAAGAUGGAGGUUGGCAAGCCUUUUGAGAUUAACGGAAGUGUGUAUGUUUGCGAGAAAAGAGGCGGAGAGAUAAUGAAGAUAUGCUCUGAAGACUCGGGACGGACAGGUGUUCCGGUCUUGAACAAGGGCUUCUAUGUGGUAAGGAGGAUGUGA